AUGACUAAAAAAUCACAACAUUUAAAAUCAUUCCAUGGUAACAAGUUUGAUUUAAAUAAAGCUGUUAUAGAAGUUACAACUGGUGGUGUUGAUAAAACUAUAAAGACAAAGGAAAUACCUGAUCCUGUUUGUUUAAUUCAUUACUCAUUUGAUAGAGUUGAAAAAUCACCAUGCCAUUUUGUAUAUCAUUCCAAGGAAGGACAUGAACAUGAGAGAUUAGAGGUAAUAGGAUCGUUAAAGAUGAAACCGGUUGCAGUAUAUACUACUCUAUUAUCAUCGAUUGAUUUGGAUCAAAGAAAGAAAAUCAGAGUGACAAAGUUACAAGGUAGAGAUUUCUAUUAUGAUGAAGAUGGUAAAUUUAAUUAUAUCUAUAUGGACCCUUCAGCAUGUGAAAAUACAUUUGAUAUAAAUACAAAGUAUAGUUAUACCAAGGAUAAAGAUACAAGAUUGGUAUCAGAGAAACCACAUGAAAUGGAACUUGGUCCAGGACAGUACCACAUUUAUCAGUCAGUGUUGUUGUAUGCCUUUGUAUUGGAAGGUAUAUUCCGUCAGGAUGCAAUUCCACUUGGAUUCCCAACUGGAAAACAUGGUAAUGUAACCUAUGGAUUCAAGGCACUCUACAGAGACGAUGUAUUUGCACUAGCGCACAAUGAAAAGCUAUAUGACCCCGUCCAUUCAACUAAUCUUAUUCAACAUUUAAUGGGUCCUGCUUUUUCAAAAUGGGGUCAUUAA